CGUCAUACCUAUCGAUACUUCACUCGUACUGCGCCUGCUAAAACUCUAUGGGAAAACUCCUUUUCCUCAGAUGACUGAAGCCUUUUCAGUAAUGCAGUGUAACUGCACGGCCAUUGGUUUCGUGCAGUGAAAUAAAAUGAACCAAUGGAUUGUAAGCGCAGCCGUUUCCAUUUCACACUUUUCAAAAAACAAAUUUGACGCUGAAGAAACAUACUACCAGCAAAAUCUAAAAUCUACAUUUUAUUGUACCUUAUUUUCAGAGACUAUAACAUAUCCAAACAUGUAGUUGCUCUGUUUGCUAUUCAGACCCAUAACUUCCUGUCUGUAUUAAUAAGAAUUACACUUUUUGUGACUUCCUUAUUCUCAGCUAUCUCAACCAGCACUAGUCUCAUAGGGCACGUCUUUUGUCUCAUUAGAUAGCAGUUCUGUUGACAUCUCAUGAAAUGGAUUCACUGUAUGAAAAUUCUAGUUUCAUACUUAGAACAGUUGCUUCAGGUGAAAAAUGCUCUCGAUACAAAGGUAACACUGUAAUGCAAGAAAGUGAGAAAGAAGUUUAUCUCUCUAAACGGACUAAAGUUCUUCUGAUUGUUUUUGCUGUCUGUCUGGUUUUUGCUCUUGGAGGUCUCUGUAUUCUGGGGAUACUGUAUGCCAAUGUUUCAAUGCAACUGUCUGCCCAGAAAACUAACAACACAAUCAUGACAAGACAACUUGAGGAACUUACAGCCAAUUACACCAGAGUUAGAGAACAUCUCCACAUCAACAAUAUCAUGGAAAGAAAUAUUGAGGAACUUACAGCCAACUACACCAGAGUUAGAGAACAACUGUCCUUUUAUGAAGCAUUUACAGCUCAGUCUUUGAACUGUGACAUGAGCUGGACAACUUUUAAUGGAAAGUUGUACUUCUUCAGCUGUAAUGAACUGAACUGGUCAAGCAGUCGUGCUUUCUGUGUUUCAAAAGGAGCUGAUCUGGUCACCAUAACCAGCCAGACAGAACAGAGUUUUCUGGCUUCUAAAAUUAAAGCAUGGUACUGGAUUGGUCUCAAUGAUCUGAAAACUGAAGGACACUGGGUUUGGGUGAAUAACCAAACUCUCAGUGAAACUGGAGUACAGUAAGAACUCUUGACUGCAAUUACUUAAGUUAAUCAAUGGAACAAAAAUACAUUAAAAAAAUCACUUUAUUAUUAUCGUUCAUCAUUGUCAUAUUACUGGAACAUUUAAAUCUUUGAAUAAUGGCAUGUUUUAAAAAAGCUACAGCAUGUUUUCUUUUACUAAAUAUUAUUGUUUUUACUCUGAUCGUCUGUUUCUGCUUUUGAGUUUUGGUACAAGAGAGAGUCUUGAAAAAGUGAACCUGAUAACUGGAAAGAAGGUGAUAUUACUGAAGAAAACUGUGCAAUUGUGAAAAAUGAUUUAAACUAUUUAGAUAGUUGGUUUGAUGUUUCUUGCAAUUAUAGGAUGAAGUUUAUCUGUGAAAAGAAAUAAUUUACCUCCGUCAGUGGUGCUCAGAAAACAAGGCUUUUUUUGGAUUUGCUUAUGUCAGAAUAAAAAUACUAUUCUUUUCUCCAGAGAUUAUUAUCAUCUAUAUUAUGUAAUUGUUAUGAAUUAUUAUACAGUUACAGACUGUACAUGCCAUUACAAAAUUAUUUUAUUUUGAAACCUCACACAUGACUCAUUUUGCAGUCAACUGAAGUGCUUCAGUAUCAUAUAUGAAACUGCUGUGCACUCAAAAAAUAUUUUGGCGUAAAUGUAUAUAUUUUUGAAUUGCACAUGUCCGUCCACUUGGAUUACACAGUUUUCUAAACGUUAUGCAUAUUUGCCAGUCAUGCAUAAAUGACACUUUCUGCAUUUAAAAAAAAUCAUGACAUAGUUUAUUAUAAAUGAUUUGCAUGUAUUUGAUUUUAUUUAAAUAAUCAUUUUCAAAACAUAUUCAAAUACCAAAUCUGUUCAUUGUGAAAACAAUUUUUAAAACAAUUCAUUCAGUUAUUAAGUAUGUUUAAAAUAUGGUUAGAUGUGGAAUAAGCAAUAUUUAGUGUUAAACAUUGAAACUAAUUGGAUUUAGUGAUGAUAAAUAUAACAACUAUAGUGUAUUUAAAGUUUAUACUGUUACAGAAAGUACAAAUAUUUAUGUAUGAUUGGCAAUGCAUCACGUUCAGUUUGUUUAUAUAUGUAAUUUUUUGAAUGUGUUGAGCAGACAAACUUAAAGGAUAGUAUAAAGACUAGUGUGCUUUAUCUAAAUAAAUAACUGAAAUGAAGAUAAUCUUAUAAUUUUGCAUUAAGAUAUUUGUAUUUUAUUUUAUGUAUUUUUUGCAUUUUGCACUCUUUUUCUGCCUGUUCAGUUACUUUGUAAUUCUCUCUUCUUUUCUCUACAAGAGGUCACUAAUGCAGUGUCCUCUACAGCUUUAUUGAUGAUAAAUUGAUUGUGAAUUUCCUCAUCUGUAAGGCUCUUUAAUGAUAAAUAAAUGACUAAAUGUAA